CACAUUGCUGUUGGGGGACUUUAUGCCACUCCUCAGCUGGGCUUUGUUUGAGGGCUUGUGACCAUCCAUCUUCCUCUUGAUCACAUUCCAGAGGUUUUCAAUGGGAUUCAGGUCUGGAGAUUGGGCUGGCCAUGACAAGGUCCUGAUCUGGGGGUCCUUCAUCCACACAUUCACUGACCUGGCUGUGUGGCAUGGAGCAUUGUCCUGCUGGACAACCACUCCUCCUCCUCUUCUUCUGUUUGUUCGCUCAUAAAUCAGUUUUUGUUUCAUUUUCUUCUAAUCUUUCUUCCAGAUGAGCGUUUCCUGUUUUUUAUUGAUUUAUUUAUUUGGGAACUAUUUUCUAGUUUUCUUCUUCUGCUCAUUUCAGUUUGUUUUUCUUUUUCUGCUCCAGAGCGGAUGAACUAAUCAAUGAGUUAAUCUGUAGGCCUAUAGAAGCAGGCAGGACUCCAUGUCCCAGAGUUCCCUGCGGCUCGGUGGUCCAGGUGGGAGUGUUCAGUCAGUCAGCAUCCCGAUUAACACACCGGAGAUCUGAUCGGUUCUCUGUCCGCUGGAGGAGACUCGUUUCGGUCUGAACCGUGUCAACGUGGUCUGAAGCUGCCGGUGGAUUGUCCCGGUGUGUCCCGGUGUGUCUCCGGUGUGUCUCCGGUGUGUCCCGGUGUGUCCCGGUGUGUCUUUGUCUCGGCUGUGUGAUGGAGAACGCGGGGGAGUGCGGGGUGUGCGGAGUGAAGGUGAUGUGCCGCUUCAGGCCGCUGAACGACGCGGAGCGAAACCGAGGAGACAAAUACGUCCCCAAAUUCAACGGAGAGGACACGGUGGUGGUGGCGGGGAAGCCGUACGUGUUUGACAGAGUUCUCCCUCCGAACACCGAACAGGUUCAGGUCUACGACACCGUUGCCAGACAGAUCGUUAAAGAUGUGUUGGGAGGUUAUAACGGGACCAUCUUUGCUUACGGCCAGACAGCAUCAGGAAAGACCCACACCAUGGAGGGGAAUCUCCACGACCCGUGUCUGAUGGGAAUCAUCCCUCGUAUCUCCAGAGACAUCUUCGACCAUAUCUACGCCAUGGACGAGAACCUGGAGUUCCACAUCAAGGUCUCUUAUUUUGAAAUCUAUCUGGAUAAAAUCAGAGACUUACUGGACGUGUCAAAGACCAACCUGGCUGUUCACGAGGACAAGAACAGGGUUCCCUUUGUCAAGGGCUGUACGGAGCGCUUCGUUUCUAGUCCUGAUGAGGUCAUGGACGUCAUCGAUGAGGGGAAAGCCAACAGACACGUCGCCGUCACCAAUAUGAACGAGCACAGCUCUCGCAGUCACAGUAUUUUUCAAAUCAACAUCAAGCAGGAGAACACGGAGACAGAGCUGAAAUUGUCGGGGAAACUUUACCUGGUCGACCUGGCGGGCAGCGAGAAGGUCAGUAAGACGGGAGCAGAAGGUGCCGUGUUGGACGAAGCGAAGAACAUCAACAAGUCUCUUUCUGCUCUGGGGAAUGUCAUUGCUGCUCUGAGUGAAGGAACGAAAACUCACGUCCCGUACAGAGACAGUAAGAUGACCCGGAUCCUUCAGGACUCUCUGGGAGGAAACUGUCGAACCACCAUCAUCAUCUGCUGCUCUCCUUCUGUUUACAACGAGGCUGAAACCAAGUCCACCCUCAUGUUCGGUCAGAGAGCUAAAACCAUCAAGAACACGGUGUCGGUGAACCUGGAGCUGACCGCUGAGGAGUGGAAGAAGAAGUACGAGAAGGAGAAAGAGAAGAGCCGGAGUUUGACCAUCACGUUGCAGAAACUGGAGAAUGAGCUGAAACGCUGGAGGAAAGGUGAGUCCGUACCUGUUGAGGAGCAGCUGAGCAGCAGAAACAAGAAGAUCAGCAGUGAGACGACAGCAGUGACCGACAGCUCAGAGCCGCCUCCCUUCCCUCUGUCAGAUGAACAGAAGACGCAGUACGAGACGCUCAUCACCGACCUGUACCAGCAGUUGGAUGACAAGGACGAUGAGAUCAACCAUCACAGUCAGACGGUGGAGAAACUCAAACAGCAGCUGAUUGAUCAGGACGAGCUGCUGGUAUCGAACCGGCAGGACUACGAGCGUGUGCAGGAGGAGCUGUCGCGGCUGCACAGGGACAGCGACUCGGCCAAAGACGAGGUGAAGGAGGUGCUGCAGGCACUGGAGGAGCUCGCCGUCAACUACGACCACAAGAGCCAAGAAGUGGAGAGCAAGAACCGCUGUAACGAACAGCUGAACGAGGAGCUAGCACACAAAACUGUGAGUCUGGAGGCCGUUCAGAGGGAGUUGUCCACCCUGCAGGAGGUCAGUUCUCAUCAUAAGAAGAGGUCAGCGGACAUCCUCGUUCUGCUGCUCAGAGACCUCAGUGACAUCGGCAGUGUCCUCGGUACCACCGACCUCCGAGCUAUGACGGAGACGAGUGGAGUGAUGGAGGAGGAGUUUACCACAGCUCGUCUCUACAUCAGUAAAAUGAAGUCUGAGGUCAAAUCGCUGGUGAACCGCAGCAAACAGCUGGAUGUCAGCCUGAUGGAGAACAUCUGCAGGAUGGAGGUCAACGAGAAGGAGCUCAACACCUGUCAGCUGCUCGUCUCACAGCUCCAGGCAAAGAUCGUGUCUGUGACAGACGACCUGCAGAAGGUGGAGCAGAAGAAGAGGAAGCUGGAGGAGAGUCAGGACGCUCUGAUGGAGGAGGUCGCCAAGCUCCACGCUCAAGGUCAAAUGCAAGAGGUGACGGUGAUGGACAAAGAGAAGGAACACAUGAGCAGACUGAAGGAUGCUGUUGAGAUGAAGAGAACUUUGGAGGAACAGAUGGAGAACCACCGAGAAGUUCAUCACAAACAACUGAGUCGCCUCCGAGACGAGAUCGAGCAAAAGCAGAGAGACGUCGACCAACUCAAAGAUGUGAAUCAGGCUCUGCAACUGGAGAACAGGAAGCUUCAGUCUGAUUUUGACAAACUGAAGGCUGAGGAUCAAAACAAAGACCAGAAACUACAGAAACUGCUGUUCCUGAAUGAGAAGAGAGAACAAGCCAAAGAGGACCUGAAGGGUCUGGAGGAGACUGUGGCCAAAGAGCUGCUGAUGCUCAACAACCUCCGUAAAGUCUUCAUCCAGGACCUCGGCACUCGAGUCAAAAAUAGUUCAGAGAACGACUGCGACGAGGCCGGCGGCAGUCAGGCUCAGAGACAGAGAAUCAUCUUCUUAGAAAAUAACCUGGAGCAGCUCAGCAAGGUCCACAAACAGCUGGUGCGGGACAACGCUGACCUUCGCUGUGAGCUACCCAAGCUGGAGAAGCGUCUGCGGGCCACAGCAGAGCGAGUGAAAGCUCUGGAAGCUGCCCUGAGAGAUGCCAAGGAGUCGGCCGCAAGGGACCGCAAACGCUACCAACAGGAAGUGGACCGCAUCAAAGAGGCUGUUCGCUCUAAGAACGUUUCCAGGAGAGGACACUCUGCUCAGAUAGCCAAGCCAAUUAGAGCUGGACAUCAGCAUCAUCAGCACCCGUCCUCCUCUCCAUCCAUCAGAUCAACCAUCCGAGGAGGGGGGGCGAGGGCCAGUCCACGUCAUCACUCACCCCGACAGCAACCACCUCAACAACCACAGCAACAGCAACCCCAUCAGAGCCACAGCAAGUAAGCUACAGGUGGCAGACAACUCCACAUCACUUUCCUUUCCUGUGGAUCUUUGACUUUCUGAACUCUCCUGCUCUCACCACUCUGCCUUUACUGGAACCAGACUCCUUGUUUACACAACUUUCCACCUUAACAGCCAUUCCACCUUAACGGCCAACAAGUGCUUAUCUCCUCGUCUGUCUUUUCUUUUUCCAAAAGAAAACCAGACAGCUCUGGUGCUCCGAGUCGGUUCGUCUGACUGGAUUAAUUCAGUUUAAUUAGUUAAAUAAUGAGUUUAAUGAGGGAAUAAUAGGUUUAAUAGGUUAAAUAAUGAGUAUAAUGUAAAC